AGUGUGAUCUGAAGAAAUAUUUUUAAGUUUGAUCAAUAUUCUCGGAACAUCGGUUCGUGUCAGGAUGGCCGAUAUAUAUAUUUGAUUAGAGUUGGAUUAAAUUUCUAGAAGAUUCUUUGAAAUGUAUUAUGAGUUGUUAAAGCUAAGAAGCACUUAUUGAAUGACAAGUACAACUUCAAAAACCGUGUAAACAAUUUAUUUCUAUUUGCUUAAAAACUCGUGGAGGUGAAAAAGUCAUUCAACCCAUUUGCUGCGUAAUUUCUCUCGUGUUGCCGGCAGAAAAAAAGAGAAUAUAAGAAAAAAUAGCAGCCUGGCACUUGAAAUAUAUGAAAUGUCCAACUUAAGUGAGCCAAUGCAACUCACUCGCGAUGAGUAUCGAAACGUUACCCGGUGCCUUGGAGAUGAAAAUUUCCGCAAGCUGUUUGCCGAAUACUGCAGUGAGCUCAGUGAUCCCGAGAAUCGUAUUCAGUAUGAGAAAGAGCUGAAAAUGCUAGAGGCUGAAAGAGGAUACGAUGUAAAAUUUAUCAAACCAUUGCCGGGUUAUGUAAUUAAAACAACAACCAAGGAAGACAACAAAAUUUUCAUCAAUGUCUGCCAUUCUGAUCUCGUUGGCAAGCCAGUAAGCAAGGCGACGAGGAAUAGUAAUGGCCAAAAAGGUCUUAAGUGGAGCAUUCCGUACGCCCAAACUCAGCCGAGAAAAGACUACGACAACAGAAAAAAAUCGUGUAUGGUUUAUGAUGUUAUUUUUCACUUUGAUACAUUGCACUUGGCUAAACAAAACGCAAAUUUCCGGAAUUUGGUAACAGAUACUGCCAUUGAUGCUGUUGAACGUUCUUUUAAUGUUCCAUUAAACAAUAACGAUUUGAAAUUUCCUAAGUUGCAGUACAAAGGAGUUCCAAAGAUGUCGAUAAUUAGACAGAAAACCAAUAAUCCUUUAAACGAAAAGAAUCAUUGCAUGAUUGAAAAAUCAGCUGAGAAUAACGAUAACAAUGAUAACACUGAUAACAAAGAAAACAUAAGCCAUACCACAAACAACGAGUACAUUACACCAAAAUUCAAAUUGGUGCAUAAAAAAUCUGUCGACUAUUUCGAAAUGACGAAUGAGAGCAACAACAGCAAUGUCAAACCAGAUGAGAUCGUUAUCGAGGUUCAACUUCCCCUUUUGAAUUCUGCAAGUGACUGCGUACUUAACGUAGCGCAAAAAGAGCUGCAUUUGAUAAGUCAAGAGCCAGCGAGUUACAAACUACAGGUCAAACUGCCAUUUGAGGUUGAUGAGAAAAAUGGCAGCGCUAAAUUUAACACUGAUGAAAAGACGCUGAUAUUAUCGCUGCCUGUUGUCAAAACAAAAGUAUCGAAAUUAAUUGGCUCCGAUAAAGUCGCUUCAACAAAUGAAAAACAUGAAUCAAAAAAUUGUCUUGCUUCAACGUUAAACAGUGAUAGUUCAAGUGAAUUAACUGCUCGUAUGAGUUAUGAGAAAAAUAGUUUCGAAAAUCGCAAACAGUUUUUCCCAAAAUUUUCAACAAAUAAAAUGGACAAUAUAUUUGCGUUCACCCUUAAUGUGCGUAACGUUGAUCCAGCGAGUAUCGAAGUGCAUAAAGGCACCGAUACGGUAAAAUGUGAGUUUUCAAACAUCGGAUCUGGAUUCUUCCCAUCAUAUUAUAUGUUUUUCGCUCGUUUCCCGAACGCUAACAUUUGUGAUAUUGAAUAUGAAGAAUGGAAGAACUGUUUGAUUAUGAAAGUUAUUCUCGACAGUUCCCAUCUUGAUUGCUACUAUGUAGGGAUUGAUGAAAAUGAAUUAACGGAAUAUUCUAUAAUGGAACACAUCACCGAUAAAAAGAAUAAAUUUGGAAAAGAGAUAGAGGAUGACAGUCUUUGUAUAGCAGUUUCAAAAUCAACUGCAAAACAGGAGCGAAAAUUGUCCAACAUGAGUAUUGAGAUCAAAACCAAGCGCAUUUCCGAUUCAGAAUGCAUUCUUAUGGAGGAUAAAAAUGAGCAAGGGGAGGACAAGACUGAUCAUAGCAACAACAUACAGGAGAAUAUGCAGAAAGACGAUAUCACAGAAGAAUCUGGAACGAUGGAUGCUGAAUUGAACGUACCUGAGGACAACAUUGAAAAUAUCCAGGAUGCGAAAAAGCAAAAGAGACACUCAAGGAGAAAACAUAAAAAGCGAUCUCUGUCGGAAUCGUGUUGUGAUCAGUUAAAGGUGAUACUUGAGAAUGAAACUGCCAAAAUGGAACCAGAACAAGUACAAAAUAAACAAUUGACUGGCGAGAAAGAUGUUGUCUACCCUGAAAAACAACAACGAAAAGGUCGCAGUGUUUCAGAAUCGUGUUCGUUGGAUCCAGGAAUAGCAAAGGUUCAGGAGAAUAAUGCUGUUCCUAAUGCUUUGAUUCAACUGAACAGAAAGAGUAAAGGAAUUCUGAAAUAUGCAUCUUUAGAGCGGAGCAUCAGCGAAUGUUCUGACGAUCAUUAUCUGGCCUCUUCUAUCGAUAGCUCAAUUGUAACUAAUUCACUUGAUCAGGCGAACUCUUUUCUAUCCGAUAGUUGCCGCAAAACAGUGCGCUUCAACGAAUUUAUCAAAACCAAGUUAUUUAGAUCAAACACCAGUAUACUGGCGCAGAAGAAGAAAAAUGCAAAAAAGAAUGAAAGCAAACGUCGUGCUCUUUCACGUCGCCUGAGUGAGGGAGAAAGCACUGAUAACGAUGAUAAGGAUCACGUUAUCGGGUCAGAUACACCUGACGCAGAAGUACAACAAUAUCAAGAGCACGACAGUGGCAUUUCUCUCCACUCCGAUGCUGAACUGUCGGGUGGGAACGAUUUGGAUACUGAUACAAUAGAAGAUACCAACCACGGUGCUAGGAAAAAGGUGGAAGUAUUGCAGAGCAAUCCAAUCGAUAUAGUCGCCAAUAUUGGAAACGUCGGCGGCAAAUCUAAAGAAAAUUCAAGUAAAAGUCUAAAGCUUCACGAUGCAAUGCCAUCAAGCAUCACAAUGGUUCAAAUGGAAUGCAGUUUAAGAGCGACAUGAUUUUUGAUAUAGAAGUGUGAAACUAAAUUGAAACUACUUACAUUAUGUCACAAUAAUUGUCUAAAUAUUUAGAGCUGAUGUUUUUUUUUGUUUUUUUUUUUUACAAUGCUUUGAUGAAAUCAAAAUGUCCAUAAUUGUGCGAUAAUAAAAGCUACAUUUAAAAAUCUUCGAACUAGAAGCACACAUAAUGAAACUAUUUAAGAGUUUAUGGUGCAUUUGUUUGAGUCGAACGAUUGUGUAUCGAACUAAAUAACAAAAUACAAAACAACACCUAACUUCAGCAAUUGCCAGUGAAUGUUUCACCAAACGAAUGUACUGUUAGUGAUAAAUUUCAAUAAACUGCGUCUAAUAUAAAAUUAUAAGCA